AUGGAUCCUGUCGUCCGGCUGAGUCUCCAUGACCGUCAAUUUAGGACCCGGGUUCUUCACCCUUUACUUCGCGCCUACGCAUUAGGUUAUCUCUCCGCGGUCACCCCCAAACUCAUCUCCUACGCCCGAAGACUCGGGGCAAGAAACUGGGAUACCACUCAAAAGCUACGUGAGCUGGCUCAAGUUCUAGCCGGGCCUUUGCGUAUCAACAGUUUCCCAACAUUCUGCGCUGCGUUGGUCGGUGGAUCAACCUUCCUACCGGCGCUGUUGUAUCGGAUAUGUGUCUCGAUCGUAUCCAGUCCCUCCAAGGGUGACAUUCGAUUGUCCCUACGCCUGCGCCGCUUGGUACAGUUCGUCACGGCGUUCAUCUCGGCAUGGUUUAGUUUCCAACUACUGAACAAGAACCGUGGCCUUUCACGGAAAGAUGUAAGCAGGAGAAGAGCAACAAUCAGUCAAGAGGAGGACCCUGCCAGUGUCCCAGCCAAUGCUCUCGAGCGCCCACCGCCUCCCGAGCUGGUCGGGAGGACAAUGGACCUCACUCUUUUCACGGUCACAAGAGCGGUGGACGUGGUUGCCUGUCUGGCAUGGAGUCGUUGGCGGCGCCGUCGCAGAUUACAAAAUCGCUGGACCCUGGCUGAAUCUGUGGCCCCCGGUCUCGCAGACGCUGGAGUUUUCGCCAUGAGUGCAGCCGUGGUCAUGUGGGCAUGGUUUUAUGUGCCGGAAAGGCUACCUCGAAGUUACGAGAAGUGGAUUGGAGAGGUAGCCAAGGUGGACACGCGAUUGAUCGAGGCUCUCCGUCGUGUUCGCUGGGGCACUUUCGUAUAUGGAAAGGAUACAGGCCAAGCGCCUCUUCUAGAAGCCAUGUGCAGAGACUACAACUGGCCCAUAGAAUGGGGAGACCCAGCCAAAACAGUCCCCAUUCCGUGCGAAAUGGUACACAUGGGCUGCGGCCCUAAUUGCGAGCUCCACGCAUUGUCCCGCUUUGCUAGAACCUUCAAGUUUGCUUGUGCAACCUAUAUCCCAUUGCAGAUUGUCCUGCGCUUACGGGGCUUGAAGAACCCUGCCGUCUUGACUCGGGCCAUAUCCGAGGGUGCCCAGUCAUCUGCCUUCCUCGCCUCCUUCGUGAGCCUCUUCUACUACUCCGUUUGUCUAGCCCGGACCCGACUUGGUCCCAAGAUCUUCGACCAAAAGACAGUCACCCCGCUGAUGUGGGAUUCUGGUCUUUGUGUUGGGGCAGGAUGCUUUAUGUGUGGGUGGAGUGUACUUGUUGAAAAGGCGCGGAAGCGACAAGAACUGGCAUUGUUUGUGGCACCUCGAGCUGUGUCUACGGUGCUGCCACGGUUGUAUGAGAAAAAGUAUUUUUACCGCGAGCAUAUUGCCUUUGCAACGAGCGCUGCUAUUCUUAUCACCUGCCUUCGGGAAAAGCCUCGCUUGGUCCGAGGCGUCUUCGGCCCCAUGUUCCGCUCACUAUUCCCCUCAUGGGGACGCUGUACGCUGACUGGAACUAUUCCACAGCGCUCAAUCUAUCUGCGAAAAGGUAUAUUCGAAGCAGAGAGGAGGUAUUUCUCUGGCAAUUCUCUGCUCCGCGCACCACGCAAUGACUCCGCAGCGCCGUUCAACACGCCGCAAUCGCAGCAGCGCAAUACCUCCACUAUGUAUUACACCAUCAGUAUGAUUCUCGGAACUGUCGCUCUCGCAUACGGAUCAGUUCCUCUCUACAAAAUGAUUUGCCAACAAACCGGCUGGGGCGGACAACCCAUCCUCACCCAUCGCAAUGGGGACGGCGACACUGCCGCACGCGUUACACCCGUGACGGACUCCCGACGCCUCCGUAUUACCUUCAAUGGCUCUGUUUCCGACGUCCUGCCAUGGAAGUUCACACCGCAACAACGAGAGGUGCGAGUCUUGCCGGGCGAGACCGCGCUGGCGUUCUACACUGCCGUGAACAAGGGCCCUCAGGAUAUCAUUGGAGUUGCUACGUAUAGUGUCACUCCGGGACAGGUGGCGCCUUAUUUCAGCAAGAUCCAAUGCUUCUGCUUCGAGGAGCAAAAGCUCAAUGCUGGAGAGUCGGUGGAUAUGCCUGUCUUUUUCUACAUUGAUCCCGACUUUGCAACGGAUCCGAACAUGCAGGGCAUUGAUACGAUCACACUGUCUUAUACCUUCUUUAAAGCAAGAUAUGAUGAUAAUGGCGUUUUGAAACCCAUUCAAUCAUGA